GUGAGCAAGCUGCAAAGUGCUUGCUUUUCGAGGUUUUAAAACUAAUUUGUUUUUUCGACGAUAUUCGAAAUAUCCUUUUUGGGUUGUGGAGAAUUGUCGGUUUAUUUGGAUGCCUGGGUUUUACGGAGAUUGAAAAAAAUCCGACUUAUGAUCGAACUGAAAUGCACACUGAUUUGAUUUAUCUGAGCGCUGGCUGCAACACAUCACCGCAUUGUUUGACAUGGGGUGAUAAUGGAGUUCUUCUCUACGCUAGCGAUGCCAAUAUUAUCGUUUGUGAUCCGCACAUUACGGACCGAAUAAAAGAAGGAAUUGCUCCGGGGUUUCAAGCUCGCCACUCUCUACGAAAUCAUAGUGAGCCAGUGAACUGCGUCAGAUGGAUAAAAAAUUGUGUGACAGGAUUAGAAAAUGAGUUUAUUUCUGUGUCGUCGGACAAAACGUGUGUAAUUUGGUCGAUGACUGCUGAAAAUGCUGGUGGAAAUGAUGUUUCCUUGGAAAAUCGAAGGUUUUCGGUGGUGCAGUUUAUGGAAGCGAAAGCAGCGCUGCAAGUGGGCAAGGCGACUUACAUUCCCGGCGAUACAUUGAAAUGUCUUCUUGCUGUUGCUGAUAUCGACGGCGUGGUCAAUUUAUGGUAUCGCCAAGACAAGGUUGGAUUUGAAAUCGUCAAAACCAUUGAUUUCGGGCGAACAUUAAUUUUGGACUUGGAUUGGGUGUUUUGCCCAGUACAACAAGUGAAUGCAUUGUUAGCUUGCGGAGGCGAUGACGGAAAAAUUCAUUUGUCGACGCUGUGCAUUAACGACAAUGAAAUAACGUUUGCAAAUUUGACUGCUUUGUCGGGGCAUGAAGAUUGGAUUCGAUGUGUUGAAUUUUCGGGGGUGGAUCAGCUGGGAGUUAUUCAUUUGUUGAGCGCUGGACAGGACAGCACCAUACGAUUAUGGACGAUAAACGAAACAGUCCCAGAAAAAAAAGAUGAUGACGAUUUAUGGGCAAAGGUUAACAAGAAGGUUAUGCGGCUCCCAGGGUCCAGUGCCAAUUACGAAGUCACGUACGAUACACUAAUUUUUGGACACGAAGGAUGGAUAUAUGGUGCUCACUGGAGUCCAGCUCGUCCAAAUGGAAAAGACGCGAGCCAACCUUUGCGAAUUGUCUCGGCUUCCAUGGACAAAAGUAUCAUCGUUUGGCAGUCUCAACAGGACACCGGGGGUGUGUGGACAGAUAUUGCGCGAAUGGGUGAAGUCGGUGGGAACAAUUUAGGGUUUUAUGGUUGUCAGUUUGAUCCCACUGGCAACUGCCUGAUUUCGCACAGUUAUUCUGGAAGUCUGCACAUGUGGAGAUACGACGAGUCAGCGGACGCAUGGUAUCCAGGCGUUGUUUGCGGUGGUCACUAUAGUUCUGUAAAUGAUAUCGUCUGGGAUUCACGUGGACUUUAUCUGCUAUCGACCAGUCAGGAUCAGACUACUAGGCUGCAUGCUCCUUGGGUGCAUACGGACGGCGAACGGUUCCAGGAAGAGUGGCACGAGAUUAGUCGUCCACAAGUGCACGGUUAUGAUUUGGUUUGUUUGGCAAGCACUGGAUUUUUCAGUUUUGCAUCCGGUGCAGACGAGAAAAUUAUCCGACUGUUUGAAGCACCUCGCAGUUUCCUGGAAAACUUUUCGGAUAUAUCGAAAGUCAAUGUUGACAAAGAACUGCCAAAUGCAGCGGAGGGUGCAGCUGUUCCUGCUCUCGGUCUAUCCAACAAAGCUUUGUCGCCGGCAGAAGAGGGCCAAGGAGAUCAACGGCAUCCGACGGACCGGUAUGCAGAAUUCUCCUAUGUUCCCGUGCGAUCAAGUUGCCCGCCACCCGAAGAAGAUUUGAUACAGAACACGUUAUGGCCGGAAACCAACAAGCUCUAUGGUCAUGGUUAUGAAAUUUCCACUUUGGCAUGUAACCAUGCUGCUACCUUGUUGGCUUCUGCAUCAAGGGCCAACCAUCCGGAGCAUGCUGAGAUUUUCCUCUGGUCUAAACAGCCACACAAUGCUGCUGUUAGUACGUCUUGGGUGCUUUCUGGUCGCUUAUGCGCACAUGCUUUAACGGUCACUCAAAUGUGUUUUUCCCAUAAUGACGAUUUCCUACUGUCGGUAUCUCGCGAUCGUACAUGGUCGCUUUUUAAACGCCAAAAUGACGGUGUUCCAUAUCAGUUGUGCUUGCGUCCUGAUAAAUCCCAACAGCAAAGCCGGAUUAUCUGGACUUGCGCCUGGACACCGGAUGAUAAAUAUUUUGUAACAGGAUCGCGUGACAAAACGAUCUUUGUAUACCAUGUCAGCAACAAGGAUCCUGAUCAUCCAAAAGUAGAUCUUGUUCAUCGAUUGACCAUGUCCGAAGCCGUGACAGCUAUAGAUUUAGAACUUCUUUUUGGAGACGCUGAACGAUAUUUAAUGGUAGUUGGAAGCGAUAACGGCAGUUUACAAAUGUUCACAUUCAACCGCGCCGGAACGGAGGAGCCGAGUCAUGUUAGCAGUUUGUCCCACUCACACCACAAGACACUCAACAGAAUAGCGUUCCAACCGAUGCCGGAAGUCAGCAAUUGUACUUUCAUGAAAUUUGCAACAUGUGGAAUGGACCGAGCAGUAAAAAUUUUUAAACUGCGCAAGACCUUGUGACAAAAUAUUUUUCGUUGAUAAUACUGCUGCAUCUGUAUGUGUGAUAUUCAGUUGCGGACCUUGCGGUUAUCAUUAUAACUACAUCUGCAUAGAAUUUUUUUUGGUUUGUUAACUUUAUUGUUCUAAUUGAAAUUGUUUGUUGGUCACUGAAAUUGGAUUUUAAUUUGGGACAGAAAGGCAGAAUAAGUUACCUAUAUUAGCCAGAGCCAUAACCUUUAACAAAAACCAUAUGCGUUA